UUUCUUAGUUAAUAUUUAGGUGUUUUUUCCUCUUCAUUUCCUUUCCAACUUCUUCUCUCCUUCUCUCUCUUUUUUUUUAAAACCAAAUUUUAGGGUUUCUUUCUUUGAUUUUCUGUUGUUGAUGGAUAAGGAGAGUGAGGAUCUUAAUUGUGGGGCACAUGCAACAUCUCCUGGGUACUUUGCACGAUUUGAGAGAACAGUUGGUGGCGAAGAGGAAUUAUUUCUGAAGAAAAGAGGCAAGAUGCGUCGGUGGCUCUGCUGUACCUGUCAGGUAGAGGAGUCUUACCAAGAACAUGAGAAUGAGCGCAUCAGAAGCACGGGGAACUUUGGUGAUGGGUAUCCUAAAGGCUCAAAAGUAUCAGCUCCUGCCAAAGCAGAGGUACAGAAGGAAGCACCACCUGUUGAAGUGCCUGUGUUGUCUUUGGAAGAACUGAAAGAAAAGACAGAUAAUUUCGGGUCGAAGGCAUUGAUUGGUGAAGGUUCCUAUGGAAGAGUUUAUUAUGCAAACUUAGAAAAUGGAAAAGCUGUGGCCAUAAAGAAACUUGAUGUUGCAAGCGAGCCAGAGACAAAUGUUGAAUUUUUGACCCAGGUUUCCAUGGUGUCAAGACUGAAACAUGAAAAUUUUGUGGAGUUACUCGGUUACUGUGUAGAAGGAAAUCUUCGAGUGCUUGCAUAUGAGUUCGCAACAAUGGGAUCCCUCCAUGACAUAUUACAUGGUAGAAAGGGAGUUCAAGGUGCACAGCCAGGACCAGUUCUUGAUUGGAUGCAGCGAGUGAGAAUUGCUGUCGAUGCAGCAAGGGGAAUGGAAUACUUGCAUGAGAAGGUGCAACCUGCUGUAAUACACAGAGAUGUCAGAUCAAGCAAUGUGCUUCUGUUUGAAGACUUCAAAGCCAAGAUCGCAGAUUUUAACCUUUCAAAUCAGGCUCCUGACAUGGCUGCUCGCCUUCAUUCAACUCGAGUUUUAGGAACCUUUGGUUAUCAUGCUCCUGAGUAUGCAAUGACUGGACAAUUGACACAGAAGAGUGAUGUUUACAGUUUUGGAGUAGUUCUCCUAGAGCUUCUUACUGGGAGGAAACCUGUUGAUCAUACCAUGCCACGCGGACAGCAGAGUCUUGUUACAUGGGCUACACCAAGACUGAGUGAAGACAAAGUUAAACAAUGUGUAGAUCCAAAGCUGAAAGGAGAAUAUCCCCCUAAAGGAGUUGCCAAGCUGGCAGCUGUGGCAGCGUUAUGUGUGCAGUAUGAAGCUGAGUUCCGGCCAAAUAUGAGCAUUGUUGUCAAGGCGCUCCAACCACUUCUGAAGGCUCCCGCUGUCGCUCCUGCUCCUGCUCCAGAGACCUAAACCAAAGAAAUCAGUUUCUUGUGUUGGAAUUUCUGCAACUUGCACAGUCUGGUUUCAUGCGGAUUUCUGCUGACAACUCUAUAUGUUUUUAAAAUUUUUAAUAUAUGAGAUCGGAUGUGUAGGUUUGGGGUGUGCUGUUUAGUGCUACUGGUAAGAAUUCUGUCUGUUGCUUGCUGGUAUCGCUCCGGGCUGCUGAUAAAAAAAAAAUGUUGAUUACUGUUUGCUUUCAAACGAUUCUUUUGUGCUCAUCAACAAAUGUUGUUCAUAAUUUACUGAAACCUUACGGCAAUGCCCUUCUGCUGGGCUGCAGCCCUCUUCA